AUGAGACACAAGCUGCUGCCACGAGACACAAGCUGCUGCCAUGAGACACAAGCUGCUGCCAUGAGACACAAGCUGCUGCCACGAGACACAAGCUGCUGCCAUGAGACACAAGCUGCUGUUGCUGAAUUGGCCCUUAGACGCCAAAGGAUGACAACAGAACGUCUCAAGGCUUCCUGUCCUGGGCCUAGAUGUAACAGUGUUGCUUCCGUCCCUCUCCUCGCCCCUACCUGGGCUUGAACCAGGGACCCUCUGCACACAUCGACAACAGUCACCCUCGAAGCACCGUUACCCGUCGCUCCACAAAAGCCGCGGCCCUUGCAGAGCAAAGGGAAACAACUACUUCAAGGUCUCAGAGCGAGUGACGUCACCGAUUUGAAACGCUACUAGCGCGCACCGCUAACUAGCUAGCCAUUUCACACCGGUUACAUAGACAUAGUCAAAACGGCAGGACCAACAUUGCAGUGAACAAAAUAAAGACAUUAUUAUAGGUAAUGUUUUCCGAACCAUACGUUUUGAGUCCUUGACAACAAAAGCAUUCUACCUAUUUGUAAAGGAUUCAGGUGAGUGGGGUCCUUACACUGUCCUCGUCCUCCUCCUUUAGGUGACUGUGAAGAUGCCUGUUAUCAGAACACUCAGCAAGGUGGCUAAGCACGCCCUCCUGAGCCCAGGAUGUGGCUGUCAACCAAUCACAGUGGCCGUACGGACCAUCAGCUUCUCGCCCCGCCAGGUCACCUCGGACGCCAGCUUCCACUCAGUGUCCUUCUCCGAGACAGACCACCCCAAGGUGCUCAUCACAGGUAAGACCAAAUCAAUAAUCACUCAAUCGGGUAAAAGCUCAGAGAGACACCACCUAGGAGGAAGAAUCCCUGUUACAGCUUAACACAAUAGGAUCUAUUCACAAUGAUCUGAAGAAACAAACCUUCCCCAAAUGACUCAAGCUAGCUGUAUUCAUUUGCAAGAACCCCAAUAACACAAUCUCUCUUUCUCUCUGAAGAAGAAGAAGAGCUUUGUGUAAAUGAACAUUAACAAGGAUUCUCAAGCAACAGACACAGUAUGCAUAGCUCUAUUUAUGGGAAGUGAACCGUAACCUCACAACCUCAAUACCACACAAUAGGACCUCUAUCUGUGGUCUAUCUAAGUAAAUAAGCUUUUUUCUAAGUGAACCUAAACAAGGCUCCCAAGCAACAGAUAGCUGUAUUUAUAAAGCUGUUGGUUUUUUGUGUGAAGGGAACAUAAUAAUAUGCCGUUUAGCAGACGCUUUUAUCCAAAGCGACUUACAGUCAUGCGUGCAUACAUUUUUGUGUAUGGGUGGUCCCGGGGAUCGAACCCACUACCUUGGCGUUACAAGCGCCGUGCUCUACCGGCUGAGCUACAGAGGACCACAACAUCACAGUGUUUUACAGCAGGCCCAAUAGGAGAGAACCACUGUAGGCGUGAAGCUAGGGCCCUGACCCUCUGAAGCUAGGGCCCUGACCCUCUGAAGCUAGGGCCCUGACCCUCUGAAGCUAGGGCCUUGACCCUCUGAAGCUAGGGCCUUGACCCUCUGAAGCUAGGGCCCUGACCCUCUGAAGCUAGGGCCCUGACCCUCUGAAGCUAGGGCCCUGACCCUCUGAAGCUAGGGCCCUGACUCUCUCCUUUUCACGCUGUCUGCCACUCUGCUUCGCUAUAUCUUCUCUAUGCCUCUAAUGUAACCUUGUCUUCAUGGCAACCCUGUCGCAAUGCCGUUGAUCUGUAACGAUAAUAUCUCCCAUAAUGUAUGUUUUCUCUCUCUCCUCUCUCUCUUAUCUCCUCUCUAUCUCCUCUCCUCUCUCUCUCUCUUUCUCUCUCUCCUCUCUCCUCUCUCUCUCUCUCCUCUCUCUCCUCUCUCUAUCUCCUCUCUCUCUCCUCUCUCUCUCCUCUCUCUCUCCUCUCCUCUCUCUCUCUCUCUCUCUCUCUCUCUCUCUCUCUUCUCUCUCUCUCAGGCGGCCUUGGACAGUUGGGGGUGGGGCUGGCUACAAUGUUGAGGUAAGAGCACUACAGUGUCUGUGAUGGAGAAGAAAUGCUUGUCUUUCUACACAAGUGUUGCUGCUUAACAUUAAAUGUAAUGGAAUACAUUAAUUAAAUUGUUUUGGAUGCUUAUUAUUAGUACAUAAUCAGUGUUGUGUAGUAGUGAACUACAUGUAGUUCAACUAGUAAUGUAACUCCAUUUUGCAGUAGCUUGGUGGUCGUUGGACUGAAUUCAAAUCCAGGUGGUGUUUUCACUAGUUCAUUACUUUGUUACCAUGGAGCUAACCACUGGAACUACACACUACUUCUUUUGCAAAAAAAAAAAUAAGUAGGCAAGAAUAUCCUUUCUUUUUCAGCAUCAUACCUCCCUAAUUCUCACUUCUUUGGGUUUGAAAUGACAAAUCUGUUGACUCCAGAGUGAACUGUUCUUGCAAUUUGUAGUCUUGAUAUUUCCGAUUGAGAUAUAAUAAUCUUUCACUAAGUAGUUUGGAUGUAGUAACUACUUUUUUUUUCAAAGUAACUUUAGUUAAUGAAGUAAACUAUAAUUGUCUUAAGGGUAGCUUUAGUGUAGCUUAACUUCUUUCAACGUGAAGGAAAUGGUAGCUUGGUAAACUAUAUUUUAAGAGUAGCAUCCCCCAACACUUUACAUAAUCUAGGUGCCACUUAAAAACGAAUUACAAUUUAUAAAGGCUUUAUGAAUAGCAUACAUAAAAGCUUCAUAGUCAAUGGUCCCUCUAAGCUGUGCGUGGUGGGGGGGGGGGCACAGUAGCCGAGACUGGGGCGCUGUCAGCCCAGGUGGGGGGGCACAGUAGCCGAGACUGGGGCGCUAUCAGCCCAGGUGGGGGGGCACAGUAGCCGAGACUGGGGCGCUAUCAGCCCAGGUGGGGGGGCACAGUAGCCGAGACUGGGGCGCUAUCAGCCCAGGUGGGGGGGCACAGUAGCCGAGACUGGGGCGCUAUCAGCCCAGGUGGGGGGGCACAGUAGCCGAGACUGGGGCGCUGUCAGCCCAGGUGGGGGGGCACAGUAGCCGAGACUGGGGCGCUGUCAGCCCAGGUGGGGGGGCACAGUAACCGAGACUGGGGCGCUAUCAGCCCAGGUGGGGGGGCACAGUAGCCGAGACUGGGGCGCUAUCAGCCCAGGUGGGGGGGCACAGUAGCCGAGACUGGGGCGCUAUCAGCCCAGGUGGGGGGGCACAGUAGCCGAGACUGGGGCGCUAUCAGCCCAGGUGGGGGGGCACAGUAGCCGAGACUGGGGCGCUAUCAGCCCAGGUGGGGGGGCACAGUAGCCGAGACUGGGGCGCUAUCAGCCCAGGUGGGGGGGCACAGUAGCCGAGACUGGGGCGCUAUCAGCCCAGGUGGGGGGGCACAGUAGCCGAGACUGGGGCGCUAUCAGCCCACAGAGAAAAGCGGGAGAUUGAACUUCACUCAACUCUCUAGAGUUUUCCCCGUUAGUUAACACUGUCAACGUUUCCCUUUACUUGUGAUCGAAUCAACUCCAUGUUAGCCACUCUAAUGCAACACACCGAAACGGAAGGAACUAGAGAUGUUUUUGUACGCAUCGGAGUAGGAUUCUGUUGCACACGACUCAGCCUGUACUCUACGCUUUACUUUGAACUGGACUGGGUUUACAGCUGUGGUCCUGAGUAGAUGUGCUUGUUUUGAGAUCAAAGCAAGAGUUGCAAGUAGCCAGCUUUACUUUGAACUGGACUGGGUUUACAGCUGUGGUCCUGAGUAGAUGUGCUCGUUUUGAGAUCAAAGCAAGAGUUGCAAGUAGCCACGUGUGCACAUUGUGUUCAUAUCCUUUGCUAGUCAGUGAGUUAUUAGCCCAGUUAUAGAUCAUUUCUAGUCAGCAAUGGGGGAGUGAUUGCUUCCUACAAGAACACAAAUGUGUGCAUUUCUAGACAUCUUUGAAAAGCAAGUCAGGUAAAGAGCUUUUAUUUUGUCUUAAAGUGGCAAUGUUUUAUUUUGAGACAGGCUUGAAUAAGCUAUGUAGCCAAUAGGCAGAGGGUAGCAUAAUUUGUCUGAUUCUCUGUAAUAAUGGUAUGGUGAUAAUAAUGCAUUUUAUUUUGGAAAGUGGUUUCUUGCAUCAAACCACACAAAAACAUUUUCAGGUUAAUGUCAAGCCCUGCAUGUUUUUUUCAAAAGUCUCAUGGAAUGUAGGCCUACAUUGAACACCACACAUUGGCUACUGUAGGCUGAACGAUAGAACCGCUAUUUCCAUGUUAAAAUGUUAUGGGAUGCAUUUUCGAUGGUAGCCAACUCUAGUAGUCCUAUAUUAUAGAUCAAAUAGCCACAGCAGCCUACUUGGCCACUGUUAAAACUGUAACUUAAAGCGGGUACAGCCUCAGUGUUCACGAGAGCGUGUGCUAAAUUACUUAAAUGUUAAAUGUAAAUGCGCACUGGAUGUUGCACAGAAUCUUCACAGCAUUCAACGCUCAGCAGACCUGAAAUUUGCUCAGUGCCGAAAAAAAGUUAGGAGGGAACAUUGUUCAUAGCACUGUGAUAACCCUGUAAUCAACAACCAACCAGUGAACGUAGCCUUUAGGGGGGGGGGGGGUGUUUCGGUCAAGCUUCCUCUUCUUCUUGUGUUUAAAUGUAACUUCCUGUUUCACAGGAAGCGGUUUGGAAACAACAACGUGAUCCUGUCAGAUAUCAGAAAGCCUCCAAGCCACGUCUUCUACAGCGGUGAGUGAUACAAAGCAUGUAGACAGAAUAUAGCAUCUCAGACCUGACCACAAAGCCAUUGGCCGAUAUGUCAACAUCUCAGCAGAGGAGAGCUUUAGGAUCAGUUUAGCCUUUUAGAUCACAAUGAAUAAGAUUACAUGGACGGGGGGGGGGGGGACGGGGGACGGGGGGGACCAGAUCCUAGAUCAGCACUCCUACACUGAGACAGUUGACGCUAGGGUUUAAUAUUUUCCCGGGUAUUUCACAAAUGUUCCAUCCCGAAUAUAAAUCACUUUUCUCCCGGGUGACCCGGUAUUUCCCUCCAAAAAUCGGAAGUGUCAUUCAAAAACAUUAUAAAACAUAUAAAUAUGUCUGGAUUUGAUUAGAGCUUUGAUCAGCAUGAACAUUCAAACCUGAUGAGCCAUAUAUUUAAUGCAUUUUAUGAGCCCUACAUUGACGACAUUUAAUGAGCCCAAACCCCAAAAAGCCCAAAUGAUUGUGCCAUUAUCCAAUACAUAUAUGAUAAAGGCUACUGCACAUUACUGCACGACAGAAAAACAUAAAAGCCCAAAGAUGUAGCUAGCUACAGUGCCUUGCAAAAGUAUUCAUCCCCCUUGGCGUUUCUCCUAUUUUGUUGCAUUACAACCUGUAAUUUAAAUGGAUUUUUAUUUGGAUUUCAUGUAAUGGACAUACACAAAAUAGUCCAAACUGGUGAAGUGAAAUGAAAAAAAUAACUUAUUUCAAAAAAUUCUAAAAAAUAAAAUAACGGAAAAAUGGUGCGUGCAUAUGUAUUCGCCCCCUUUGCUAUGAAGCCCCUAAAUAAGAUCUGGUGCAACCAAUUACCUUCAGAAGUCACAUAAUAAGUUAAAUAAAGUCCACCUGUGUGCAAUCUAAGUGUCACAUGAUCUCAGUAUAUAUACACCUGUUCUGAAAGGCCCCAGAGUCUGCAACACCACUAAGCAAGGGGCACCACCAAGCAAGUGGCACCAUGAAGACCAGGGAGCUCUCCAAACAGAUCAGGGACAACGUUGUGGAGAAGUACAGAUCAGGGUUGGGUUAUAAAAAAUAUAUCCGAAACUUUGAACAUCCCACGGAGCACCAUUAAAUCCAUUAUUAAAAAAUUGAAAGAAUAUGGCACCACAACAAACAUGCCAAGAGGGCCGCCCACCAAAACUCACGGACCAGGCAAGGAGGGCAUUAAUCAGAGAGGCAACAAAGAGACCAAAGAUAAUAAUAUGCCAUUUAGCAGACGCUUUUAUCCAAAGCGACUUACAGUCAUGCGUGCAUAAAUUUUUUGUGUAUGGGUGGUCCCGGGGAUCGAACCCACUACCUUGGCGUUACAAGCGCUGUGCUCUACCAGCUGAGCUACAGAGGACCACAAGAUAACCCUGAAAGAGUUGCAAAGCUCCACAGCGGAGAUUGGAGUAUCUGUCCAUAGGACCACUUUAAGCCGUACACUCCACAGAGCUGGGCUUUACGGAAGAGUGGCCAGAAAAAAGCCAUUGCUUGAAGAAAAAAAUAAGCAAACACGUUUGGUGUUUGCCAAAAGGCAUGUGGGAGACUCCCCAAACAUAUGGAAGAAGGUACUCUGGUCAGAUGAGACUAAAAUUGAGCUUUUUGGCCAUCAAGGAAAACACUAUGUCUGGCGCAAACCGAACACCUCUCAUCACCCCGAGAACACCAUCCCCACAGUGAAGCAUGGUGGUGGCAGCAUCAUGCUGUGGGGAUGUUUUUCAUCGGCAGGGAUUGAGAAACUGGUCAGAAUUGAAGGAAUGAUGGAUGGUGCUAAAUACAGAGAAAUUCUUGAGGGAACCUGUUUCAGUCUUCCAGAGAUUUGAGACUGGGACAGAGGUUCACCUUCCAGCAGGACAAUGACCCUAAGCAUACUGCUAAAGCAACACUCGAGUGGUUUAAGGGGAAACAUUUAAAUGUCUUGGAAUGGCCUAGUCAAAGCCCAGACCUCAAUCCAAUUGAGAAUCUGUGGUAUGACUUAAAGAUUGCUGUACACCAGCAAUGAAUAGUAAUGCACGCUCAAGCAUCUUCAAAGUGGUAGUCAUGUUGUGUAAAACAAAUGAUACAAACCCAUUUUAAUUCCAGGUUGUAAGGCAACAAAAUAGGAAAAACGCCAAGGGUGGGGUGAAUACUUUCGCAAGCCACUGUAUAUGCUCUCUUGGGUAAAUCAAUGAAACUAGCUCCAGUAGGCUAAUCUUUUUGAGUGUGAACUGUAUUACUGUACUGUGUUGUAUUAUACUGUAUUACUGUAUUGUAUUAUACUGUACUGUACUGUAUUAUACUCUAUUACUGUACUGUAUUGUAUUAUACUGUAUUACUGUACUGUGUUGUAUUAUACUGUAUUACUGUAUUGUAUUAUACUGUACUGUACUGUAUUAUACUCUAUUACUGUACUGUAUUGUAUUAUACUGUAUUACUGUACUGUAUUAUACUGUAUUACUGUAUACUGUAUUGUAUUAUACUGUAUUAUAUGGACUGGAAUUACGCACCUCGUUCAAACCAUGAUAAAGCAGGGAGAGAACAUGUGAUUCUGGUGCAGCACAUGUGGCCUACAAAGUUACAAGUAUAGGCUAGCAAAAUAUAAUAGGUCCUAUUUGUAUAAUUAGUAGGCUGACGAAUUUAUACCUUUUAAUAGUAUUUCCCCUAAUGUUAUUAGCCGACCUCCUCUCUCUCUCUCUCUAUUGUUGCUUCAUUCAUUCCUCUCUUUCAAUAAUUAAAUGAAAUACGGGUCAUUGUCCUUAUCUUCAUCAUUCUAAUGACAUCCUUGAAUAAUACAGGACUAGAAUUAGAUGCAGAAGGCUUUUCACUUCCCUUCACGAAGAUUGAAUGGUUGGUUAUGGGUCUGAAUAAACAACUGCUAUAGGCUACCGCCAUCACGCGUUCGCUCCUCUUUCAAACUACCUGUGAGUUCUAUUGGCUGCUGUGUUUAACAUUCAGCAAAACAUUUGCUUGCGUCCCUCUUCGAAUAGUCUUAUUGGUAUAAGUAAUGCUAAAAGUAAUUAUAUCCAGCAAGCAAUUCUAGUCUAGCAUUUCCUGCAUGGGACUCCCAAGAGCUAAGGAGUGUUUUUUAAGGAGAGGCCAGCGGAGCACGGGUGGGUGCGUAUUGCGCAAGAGACAGAGGCUAUAAAUUAGAAGCUUAUUAUGCAUAACCCAUCAUUAAUUAGCUUAUAAGGCUAAUACUGCAUAUUACCUGAAAGAGGUAGGCUAGGACAUCUAUAUAUAGGGCUGUAUAUCAAUCUACAACAGGAUUAUCUAUUUUGGAUGCAGUUUGAAUGGAGUUGCAUUCAGUCUUUAUAUUACUGUAGCAUAGGCUAUGCUGCAUUCAGUCUUUAUAGUACUGUAGCAUAGGCUAUGCUGCAUUCAGUCUUUAUAUUACUGUAACAUAGGCUAUGCUGCAUUCAGUCUUUAUAUUACUGUAGCAUAGGCUAUGCCGCAUUCAGUCUUUAUAUUACUGUAGCAUAGGCUACGCUGCAUUCAGUCUUUAUAUUACUGUAGCAUAGGCUAUGCUGCAUUCAGUCUUUAUAUUACUGUAGCAUAGGCUAUGCUGCAUUCAGUCUUUAUAUUACUGUAGCAUAGGCUAUGCUGCAUUCAGUCUUUAUAUUACUGUAGCAUAGGCUAUGCCGCAUUCAGUCUUUAUAUUACUGUAGCAUAGGCUAUGCCGCAUUCAGUCUUUAUAUUACUGUAGCAUAGGCUAUGCUGCAUUCAGUCUUUAUAUUACUGUAGCAUAGGCUAUGCUGCAUUCAGUCUUUAUAUGAUGGAUCGCCGGCCAUGGAGUGAGACUGUAGAGAGGCGACGGAGAGAGGAGCAACGGCGUGAUCAGGGUCGUCGGACGGUCGAGAGGCAACCCCAAAUAAUUUUUUUGGGGGGGGCACAGGGCAUGGACGACGGGGCUGACGGAGGCAGAAAAGGGGCGUAUUCAAAAGGCCACCAGGUUUACGGGGGUCACUGGUAAAGGAAGGGAAGGAAGGUUUAGAGGCAAGGCGAGAGGUACUGGGAUGUGUUACCAGUCCGGUACGGCCCGUUCCAGAUCCCGGGGUAGAGCCAGUGGUGUGUGUCCCCAGUACGGUCCGGCCUGUUACGGCCCCUCGCACCAAAUGGACGGUACGCGUCGCCAGCCCGGUCCGGCCUGUUCCUGCCUCUCGCACCAAGCCUACGGUGUGCGUCGCCAGCCCGGUCCGGCCUGGCCCUGCUCCACGCACCAAGCCUACGGUGUGCGUCGCCAGCCCGGUCCGGCCUGUCCCUGCUCCACGCACCAAGCCUACGGUGUGCGUCGCCAGCCCGGUCCGGCCUGUCCCUGCUCCACGCACCAAGCCUACGGUGUGCGUCGCCAGCCCGGCCCGGCCUGUUCCUGCUCCUCGCACCAAACCUACGGUGUGCGUCGCCAGCCCGGUCCGGCCUGUCCCUGCUCCACGCACCAAGCCUACGGUGUGCGUCGCCAGCCCAGUCCGGCCUGUCCCUGCUCCACGCACCAAGCCUACGGUGUGCGUCGCCAGCCCGGUCCGGCCUGUCCCUGCUCCUCGCACCAAGCCUACGGUGUGCGUCGCCGGCCCGGCCUGUUCCUGCCACUCGCACCAAGUCUACGGUGCGCGUCGCCGGUCCGGCCUGUUCCUGCCACUCGCACCAAGCCAGGGGUGCGAGUCGUCAGCCCGGUUCGGCCCGUUCCUACUCCACGCACCAAGCCAGGGGUGCAAGUCGUCAGCCCGGUUCGGCCCGUUCCUACUCCACGCACCAAGCCAGGGGUGCAAGUCGUCAGCCCGGUUCGGCCCGUUCCGGCUCCACGCACCAAGCCAGGGGUGCGCGUCGUCAGUCCAGCACAACCCGUGCCUGGGUCACCGGUGCCUGGUAAGGUACCGGUCAACUGCUCCACUACGGAGCUGAAGCUAACCGCUCCUGCUACGUCCAGUUCAGCUCCAGCCAGCGGGGCCAGACCGGACCAGGGGCGCUAUGGGGGGUUUAUUGGAGGGUGGUGGGAAAGGCCGGAGCCAGAACCGCCGCCGAGGAGGAAUGCCCAUCCAGCCCUCCCCUGUUUUGUUCUAGUGGAGGCGCGGUUGCAGUCCGCGCCUUUAGGGGGGGGUACUGUCACACCCUGGCUCUGGGACUCUAUAUGUUGAGCCAGGGUGUGUUCAUUCUAUGUGUUAUAUUUCUAUGUUGGGGGUUCUAGUUCUUCUGUUUCUUUGUUGGCCUGAGUGACUCCCAAUCAGAGGCAACGAGUGUCAGCUGUGGCUGGUUGUCUGAUUGGGAGCCAUAUUUAAACUGUCUGUUUUCCCUUGGUGUUUGUGGGUUUUUGUUCCAGUUGGUCAUUGUUACCUAGGACGUUACGAGUCGUUUUGUUGUUUUGUAUCGUGUGUGCACUUUAACUAAUUAAAGUAUGUUCGCUCAACACGCUGCGCCUUGGUCCUCCUCUAUGUAUGACGAUCGUGACACUAGGUUGUCAGACCAUGUAAAUACUCUGUUGGCGUCUGAUCAACUCACAAGCCAGCAGGCUAAAUUACCUCGUUACAACCAGGAAGAAAACCUGAUUCCUUUUUGGCUGAAAUACAUCCGUUCAUUCUUUCAGGAGAAUGUAAACUCGUCCAUAAUUUGCUUCAAAAUGUCUGAAAUAUGAAUAGAAAAGACAUCUGGAGUGUCCGUAGGUAAAAUAGGGAAUGAUUCAGUUAGUCGUGAUAUUGAUCCUUGUGAAAAGCUUCUUGUACAGAAGGUCGCCAGGAAGUGGACGUGUUCUGAAAGGUUAAAUGAUAACUGAGGUCACAGACCACAUGAUCAAUACCUGAUGAAUGGUGAUUGGCUGGCCAGUACUGCAGUGACGGACGCCAUCCAAGUCUUAACAUUAACUGACCUACAGUGGGGAGAACAAGUAUUUGAUACACUGCCAAUUUUGCAGGUUUUCCUGCUUACAAAGCAUGUAGAGGUCAAUAAAAUGCAAAUUAAUUACUUAAAAAUCAUAGAAUGUGAUUUUCUGGAUUUUUGUUUGAGAUUCCGUCUCUCACAGUUGAAGUGUACCUAUGAUAAAAAUUACAGACCUCUACAUGCUUUGUAAGUAGGAAAAACUGCAAAAUCGGCAGUGUAUCAAAUACUUGUUCUCCCCACUGUAUUUCCAUAUCAACUGUCUAGAGCCCUGUUAAUCAAGAAUAUUGUGUCAUUCAAACAUUCAAAACCCAGGGAGACACCAAAAUAGAAAAUAUAUUGAUCAGAAAAAGAAAAACAACAAUGAGAAUAUAAUAAUAUGCCAUUUUAGCAGACGCUUUUAUCCAAAGAGACUUACAGUCAUGUGCGCAUACAUUUUUUUGUUGUGUAUGGGUGGUCCCGGGGAUCGAACCCACUACCUUGGCGUUACAAGCGCCGUGCUCUACCAGCUGAGCUACAGAGGACCAUGAUAAUAUAGGAGGUCCAGUAAAAAAACGUUUUAAAAAAGUUUAAUUAUGUAGAUGAUCCUCUAAGGAAACCAAUGGUCCAAACCUCAAGUCUCUAUCAUAAUACUUAUCCUUGUAGGAUGGUCAGAAAUAGAACUAUGUCAAUGGAGGCCAGAGACAACAAUACUGUAAAAUAGCAUGGUGUCAGCUAGGUUGGAUGCUGUGAAGAAUUAAGGUUACCUCAUCAUCUUUCUUCUCCAAUCGGGAGGACAUAAAACAAUAUAGAGGUAAGAUAGAUAUUGACUUUGAGACAUGACAUGUUGAUUUUCAUAUUUUAGUAUACAGCUUUUCAUAUUAAUGCGAAAUUCCUGUUCUUUUUUAGAAGAUUUCUCACAAAAACCAAGCGGAGCGCUGAGUGUACUGCAAGCUUUUUUAUUUUCAAAGCCUUUUACAUUUUAAUUCAGCUCGUUCAUUUAGAUUUUUUGUGGACCUGCUGAAACAACUUUGCAGACGACAACAUGAACAAUCCUAAAAAGACGCUGCGAGAAAUCGGCACCGCUCUGUCAACAGAGCUUGGUGCUUAUUAUCGGAUGUAUUAUGUUACGAAAUCCGACUUUCUGGAUAUAAUGAUAUUUACAUUUUAGUCAUUUAGCAGACUCUCUUAUCCAGAGCGACUUACAGUUAGUGAGUGCAUAAAUGUUUCAUACUGGCCCCCCGUGGGGAUUGGAACCCACAACCCUGGCGUUGCAAGACGCCAUGCUCUACCAACUGAGCUACACGGGAUAUGUAAGAGAAAGACCCCACUUAACGAUUCAGAACAUGAAGAAUCAUAUUUGUCUUUGUAGAUGUAUUUAAUAACAUAAGGAAGUGUAAUUUCAUCACCAAAGCGCAUUUUGGACACCCUAGAUAAUAGUGGAUUAACUAAAUGGCUCUGGCCAGAGUGGGUGGACACCCUAGACACAGGGGUUCCCAAACUUUUUCACUCAGAUCCCCCCUUCCAGCAUUGGGGAACAUCCUGCGCCACGUCUAUUUCUAUGGGCACAAGCGCUGUUCACGACACGAACUGUUCACACACCUCUUGUUGGCGGAGAGACAAUGUUGCAGGUUUAAAGCUUAUUUCCUGCAUGUUUUAUAUUUCUGCUUAUUGUUUCUACUGAACCCUCCCCCUCCAGGACCCUUCAUCUACUCUGACAUCCUGGACUAUAAGAACCUGCGUGAGAUCGUUGUCAACAACCGCAUCACGUGGUUGGUCCAUUACAGCGCCCUGCUCAGUGCCGUGGGAGAGGCCAACGUAGCUCUGGCACGCGACGUCAACAUCACUGGUGAGCAAUGGAGAAUCCGCCAUCUUGGCUCAACUUAAAUCCACAACACACCACAUUGUCCUUCUAGCCAGGCCUGGGAAGGUGGAGGAGGGGAGUAACUGUGAACCUGGCUCAGACGAGAUCCACAGCACACCAGUUUUCUUCUAACCAAGCCUGGGAGGUGUCCACCAGGGAGUAACUGUGAACUUCCUGUUCCUCAGGGCUCCACAACGUCCUGGACAUCGCAGCGGAGCACGGCCUGCGUCUGUUCGUCCCCAGCACCAUCGGAGCCUUCGGACCCACCUCUCCCCGGAACCCGACCCCUGACCUCUGUGUCCAGAGACCCAGGACCAUCUACGGGGUCUCCAAAGUCCACGCAGAGCUCAUGGGAGAGGUGAGAUAAAAAAUACACAAAUAUUGUAACAAAUACAAAAUACAAAGCAAAAUGGGGAUAAAUUGACAAUAAGCAUUCAGCCUCAAGCCACUCUGCCCUCGCUACUUACUUUAAAAUACAUAUACCAGGAAUCUGACCUGGUGAAUCUGACCUGGUGAAUCUGACCUGCUGAAUCUGACCUGCUGAAUCUGACCUGCUGAAUCUGACCUGCUGAAUCUGACCUGCUGAAUCUGACCUGGUGAAUCUGACCUGCUGAAUCUGACCUGCUGAAUCUGACCUGCUGAAUCUGACCUGAUAAAUCUGACCUGCUGAAUCUGACCUGAUAAAUCUGACCUGCUGAAUCUGACCUGGUGAAUCUGACCUGAUAAAUCUGACCUGCUGAAUCUGACCUGCUGAAUCUGACCUGCUGAAUUUGACCUGAUAAAUCUGACCUGCUGAAUCUGACCUGGUGAAUCUGACCUGAUAAAUCUGACCUGCUGAAUCUGACCUGCUGAAUCUGACCUGCUGAAUCUGACCUGGUGAAUUUGACCUGGUGAAUCUGAAAUCAUUGGUCUGUAAUGUCCCUAUGAGUGAAACCUCUAACCCUUAUUGCCUGUCUUCCCUCCAACAGUACUACCACCACCGCUACGGCCUUGACUUCCGCUGCCUCCGCUACCCAGGCAUCAUCUCUGCCGACUCACAGCCUGGCGGAGGAACGACAGGUGAGUUAGUGACACACACACACACACACACACACACACACACCAUAGCGGAACACCAGUCCCUUCACUGUCGUAACUCUAUUUGCGUCUGCUUCCUGACUUCAACAUGUCAUUGGGGUUAUGUGACAGGGACAUGUUUUAGAACAUGGUCGUUAUUUCUAACCAGGGUGAUAAUGCUACAGGGUGAUAAUGCUAGGGCGUUAGGUAAUACCCCUACAGGGUGAUAAUGCUACAGGGUGAUAAUGCUACAGGGUGAUAAUGCUAGGGCGUUAGGUAAUACCCCUACAGGGUGAUAAUGCUAGGGCGUUAGGUAAUACCCCUACAGGGUGAUAAUGCUACAGGGUGAUAAUGCUAGGGCGUUAGGUAAUACCCCUACAGGGUGAUAAUGCUACAGGGUGAUAAUGCUAGGGCGUUAGGUAAUACCCCUACAGGGUGAUAAUGCUAGGGCGUUAGGUAAUACCCCUACAGGGUGAUAAUGCUACAGGGUGAUAAUGCUAGGGCGUUAGGUAAUACUGCUACAGGGUGAUAAUGCUAUGACGUUAGGUAAUACUGCUACAGGGUGAUAAUGCUAUGAUGUUAGGUAAUACUACUACAGGAUGAUAAUGCUAUGAUGUUAGGUAAUACUACUACAGGGUGAUAAUGCUAUGACGUUAGGUAAUACUACUACAGGGUGAUAAUGCUAUGACGUUAGGUAAUACCGCUACAGGGUGAUAAUGCUAUGAGCGUUAGGUAAUACUACGAUAUCUACAGGGUGAUAAUGCUAGGGCGUUAGGUAAUACCCUACAGGGUGAUAAUGUACAGUGUAUGCUAGGGCGUUAGGUAAUACCCCUACAGGGUGAUAAUGCUACAGGGUGAUAAUGCUAGGGCGUUAGGUAAUACCUGCUACAGGGUGAUAUAAGUGUAUACCCAGGGUGAUAAUGCUAGGGCGUUAGGUAAUACCCCUACAGGGUGAUAAUGCUACAGGGUGAUAAUGCUAGGGUUUAGGUAAUACCCCUACAGGUGUAUGCACAGGUGUAAUGCUAGGCGUUAGGUAAUACCCCUACAGGUGUUUUACAUAAUGCUAGGGCGUUAGGUAAUACCCUACGUAUAGUAUGGUUGAUAAUCCUACAGGGUGAUAAUGCUAGGGCGUUAGGUAAUACCCCUACAGGGUGAUAAUGCUACAGGGUGAUAAUGCUAGGGCGUUAGGUAAUACCCCUACAGGGUGAUAAUGCUACAGGGUGAUAAUGCUAGGGCGUUAGGUAAUACUGCUACAGGGUGAUAAUGCUAUGACGUUAGGUAAUACCCCUACAGGGUGAUAAUGCUAGGGCGUUAGGUAAUACCCCUACAGGGUGAUAAUGCUACAGGGUGAUAAUGCUAGGGCGUUAGGUAAUACCCCUACAGGGUGAUAAUGCUACAGGGUGAUAAUGCUAGGGCGUUAGGUAAUACUACUACAGGGUGAUAAUGCUACGGGUGAUAACUAAGGGUUAUAAUCCUACAGGGUAGGUAAUACCUACAGGGUGAUAAUGCUACAGGGUGAUAAUGCUAGGGCGUUAGGUAAUACCCCUACAGGGUAUGAGCGUUAGUAAUACCUACAGGGUGAUAAUGCUAGGGCGUUAGGUAAUACCUACAGGGUGAUAAUGCUACAGGGUGAUAAUGCUAGGGCGUUAGGUAAUACUGCUACAGGGUGAUAAUGCUACAGGGUGAAAGUAUGAUGGUAUACCUACAGGGUGAUAAUGCUAUGACGUUAGGUAAUACCCCUACAGGUGAUAAUGCUAGACGUUAGGUAAUACACUACAGGGUGAUAAUGCUAUGCGUUAGGUAAUACCCCUACAGGGUGAUAAGCAUGCGUAGUAAUACCAGGGUGAUAAUGCUAUACGUUAGGUAAUCCCUAGGGUGAUAAUGCUACAGGGUGAUAAUGCUAUGACGUAGGUAAUACUCUACAGGGUGAUAUACUACUUAGGUAAUACCCUACAGGGUGAUAAUGCUAUGACGUUAGGUAAUACCCCUACAGGGUGAUAAUGCUAUGACGUUAGGUAAUACUCCUACAGGGUGAUAAUGCUAUGACGUUAGGUAAUACCCCUACAGGGUGAUAAUGCUAUGACGUUAAGUAAUACUACUACAGGGUGAUAAUGCUAUGACGUUAGGUAAUACCCCUACAGGGUGAUAAUGCUACAGGGUGAUAAUGCUAUGACGUUAGGUAAUACCUCUACAGGGUGAUAAUACUAUGACGUUAGGUAAUACUACUACAGGGUGAUAAUGCUAUGACGUUAGGUAAUACCCCUACAGGGUGAUAAUGCUAUGACGUUAGGUAAUACCCCUACAGGGUGAUAAUGCUAGGACGUUAGGUAAUACCCCUACAGGGUGAUAAUGCUACAGGGUGAUAAUGCUAGGGCGUUAGGUAAUACUGCUACAGGGUGAUAAUGCUACAGGGUGAUAAUGCUAUGACGUUAGGUAAUACCUCUACAGGGUGAUAAUGCUACAGGGUGAUAAUGCUAGGGCGUUAGGUAAUACUGCUACAGGGUGAUAAUGCUAUGACGUUAGGUAAUACCCCUACAGGGUGAUAAUGCUAGGACGUUAGGUAAUACUACUACAGGGUGAUAAUGCUAGGACGUUAGGUAAUACCUCUACAGGGUGAUAAUGCUAGGACGUUAGGUAAUACCUCUACAGGGUGAUAAUGCUAUGACGUUAGGUAAUACUGCUACAGGGUGAUAAUGCUAGGACGUUAGGUAAUACUGCUACAGGGUGAUAAUACUAGGGUGUUAGGUCAAAUCACAUUUUAUUUGUCACAUGCGCCGAAUACAACAGGUGUAGACCUUACAGUGAAAUGCUUACUUACAAGCCCUUAACCAACAAUGCAGUUUUAAGUAAAAAAUAGAUAAGUACAAAUAAUGAAAUGUCUCAAAAUCACAUUGUUUACAAAGAUGUUGUACACUAGAUACAGUAGAUCAGAAGUGAUCAGUUGAUCAAUAGUAUAGACCAGAAGAGAUCAGUUGAUCAAUAGUAUAGAUCACAAGAGAUCAGUUGAUCAAUAGUAUUGACCAGAAGAGAUCAGUUGAUUAGUAGUAUAGAUCACAAGAGAUCAGUUGAUCAGUAGUAUAGACCAGACCAGAUCAGUUGAUCAGUAGUAUAGACCAGACGAGAUCAGUUGAUCAGUAGUAUAGACCAGAAGAGAUACAUACAGAAGUGCAUACACUUAAUAGGUCGAAGGUCAUCAGUCACUAUGAUUAAACCAAACACAUCUAAGCGUAUCUCCUGCCUCCCUUACUCCAGACUACGCGGUAGCCAUCUUCCACGAUGCCGUCAAGACGGGGAAGUUUGAGUGCAACCUGAAGCCAGACACGCGGCUGCCCAUGAUGUACAUCGACGACUGUCUGCGUGCCACCGUGGAGAUGAUGGAAGCGCCCACAGACACCCUCUCCAUGAGGACCUACAACAUCAACGCCAUGAGCUUUACCCCUGAAGAGCUGGCUCAGGAGGUCCAGAAACAGCUGCCGGACCUGGAGGUCACCUACGACAUCGACCAAGUCAGACAGGCCAUCGGUAUGAGCAUUUUAUUGAUCCUUUAUUUAUACUGGUUGGGGUUGCAACAUUCCCAGGUUUUCCUGAAAACCCAGUGGGAAGAUUCCCUCCUUGCUUAUUCCCUUCUGAUUCUGGGAAUCCUCCGACUGGGAUUUCUUGAAAAGCUGGGAAUUAGCAACCAUAAUACUGGUGGAUGAUACCAUUUUGAGAUCAAAGAUCAGUAAACCAGGAAGACCUGUCUAAAUACUCCACUAGAAGCUCAACAUUGAGAUUCUCGAACUUCCAAGCAUUUUAGAUUUGAUGAAGUUUUAAUGUAGAAACAAACGACAAAGUGUUAAAAGCCUUUUAGAGUAAAGAAGACAUCCAACAUUGACAAUGUCUCUCUCUUCCUUCCCCUUUACAGCCGACAGCUGGCCAAUGAACUUUGAGGACUCUAACGCGCGGAACGACUGGGGCUGGAAACACGACUAUGACCUCCCGGAGCUCGUCCAGACCAUGCUCAACUACAUCGGCUCAGACUCGCGCGUCGCAAAGGCCAACUGA